AUGUCUUGGUCAACAUCGUCGCCGGGCAUGGCCAUCAGCCGUGUUCCGGAGGGUGUGGAAGUCAACGGUGACAUAAAGCCGGCACCAACGCAAAGGAAGAAGGUGGUGGUAGUUGGCUUGGGGAUGGUCGGGAUCGCUUUUGUGGAGAAGCUAUUGAAACUCGACGCUAAGAGGCGAGAAUACGACGUCGUAGUCAUUGGCGACGAGCCCCAUCUCGCAUACAAUCGUGUCGGAUUGACAAGCUUCUUUCAGCACAGGCAAGUCGAGUCGCUUUACCUCAACCCGGAGUCUUGGUACAAGGGCCAUCCAUCGGGCUCUUUCAGCUACCAUCUGAAUACGUUGGCCACUGAAAUCAAGCCGCAAGACAAAGUUAUCGUAACGGCUCAAGGUGACACGAUACCUUAUGACAUUUUGGUCCUGGCCACCGGGUCCGACGCUGUUCUCCCUCGGCAUACUCCAGGCCAUGAUGCCAAAGGUGUGUUCGUUUACCGAACUAUUGAAGAUCUUCAGAAACUCAUCGCAUUCUCUGCAACCGUCAAGGGCACAACGGGAUGUGUCGUGGGCGGCGGACUCCUAGGGCUUGAAGCGGCCAAGGCCAUGAUGGAUCUGGAGGAAUUCCAGCAGGUCAAGCUCAUUGAAAGAAACAGAUGGGUUCUGUCGCGGCAGCUGGACGGAGAUGCUGGUGCCAUGGUCGUCGAGCUCGUCCGUAACCUCGGACUUGACGUUAUGCUUAGCAAGAGGGUUGGCAGAAUUUUGACCAACGCGGACAACGCUGUGAGAGGUCUUGUCUUCGAAGACGGUGAGGAAAUGGAGUGUUCUUGCAUCAUGUUCGCGAUUGGCAUCAAAGCGAGAGAUGAUUUGGCCAGGACUGCGGGGCUAAAAUGCGCCGAUCGAGGAGGAGGUGUCGUAAUCGACAACAACCUCAGAACGAGCGACCCUCACAUUUACGCCAUUGGUGAAUGUGCAAGCUGGGAAAAUCAAACAUUUGGUCUUAUUGCACCAGGUGUCGAACAAGCUGAUGUUCUGUCGUUCAAUCUCACACAAGCCAAGGUCCACAGCCCUCGGACAUUCAAACGACCGGAUCUGAGUACGAAAUUGAAAUUGCUGGGCGUAGAAGUCGCCAGUUUUGGGGAUUUCUUUGCGGACCGAGAUGGACCGAAGGACCUCCCAGGGAGGCACGUCAAACGGGAGAACAAGAAAGGCAUUGGAAGUCAAGACAAGGUCAGGAAUCUCACUGACGGCCCGCCGCCUCCAGCCGUCAAAGCACUCACCUACAGAGAUCCGUUUGCAGCUGUGUACAAGAAAUAUCUGUUCACCAUGGAUGGAAAGUAUCUGCUAGGGGGCAUGAUGAUCGGCGACACAAAGGAUUAUGUCAAGCUGGUGCCAAUGGUUAAGAACAAGAAGCAACUGGAAGUGCCUCCAUCUCAAUUCAUCAUUGGCGCCUCGAAGGAUGGCGACGAGAACGCCGACGACCUGACAGACGAUACACAAAUCUGCUCUUGCCAUAACGUGACCAAGGGCGAUGUUGCCAGCGUGGUCAAAGACGGCUCCUGCAAAUCGAUUGGCGACGUCAAAUCUUGCACCAAGGCUGGCACAGGCUGCGGUGGUUGCAUGCCUCUAGUCCAGUCCAUAUUCAACAAGGCCAUGAAAGACAUGGGCCAAGAGGUCUUGAACCAUCUGUGUCCUCACUUCAAGUUCUCCCGAGCUGAUCUCUACAACAUCAUCUACGUCAAGAAACUGAAAGACUUUGGUGCGGUCAUGAGGGACAGCGGCAACGAUCCAAAUAGUCUUGGAUGUGAGGUCUGCAAGCCCGCUAUUGCGUCGAUCCUCUCCAGCAUGUUCAACAAGCAUGUGAUGGAACGACCACUCCACGGACUCCAGGAUACGAACGAUAAGUACCUGGGAAAUAUUCAGCGCAACGGGACAUUCUCUGUCGUUCCUCGAGUCGCUGGUGGUGAGAUCAGUCCCGACAAACUUAUUGUCAUCGGCCAAGUUGCCAAGAAAUAUGGUCUCUAUACCAAGAUCACUGGUGGCCAACGCAUUGACAUGUUUGGUGCGAAGAAGCAGGACUUGCUCGACAUCUGGUCGGAGCUGGUCGCAGCUGGACUCGAAUCAGGUCACGCCUAUGCCAAAUCCCUCCGCACUGUCAAGUCGUGCGUGGGCACCACGUGGUGUCGGUUCGGCAUCGGAGACUCUGUUGGUCUCGCCAUCAGGCUCGAAGAAAGAUACAAGUCGAUUCGAGCCCCGCACAAGAUAAAAGGAGGUGUGUCUGGAUGCGUUCGGGAGUGUGCGGAGGCCCAAAACAAAGACUUUGGCUGCAUUGCGACGGAAAAAGGUUUCAAUAUCUUUGUCGGAGGGAAUGGCGGAGCUACGCCGAGACACUCGGAAAUCCUGGCCAAAGAUGUCCCUCCUGACGAUGUCAUCCCCAUCCUUGACCGAUACCUGAUGUUCUACGUCCGCACGGCUGAUAGACUCCAGAGAACGGCCAGAUGGGUAGAAAACCUGCCUGGUGGUAUCCAAUAUCUGCGAGAAGUUAUUCUGGAGGACAAGCUCGGUAUUUGUGCAGAGCUUGAGAAGCAAAUGCAAGAGCUCGUUGACACGUUCUUCUGCGAGUGGAACGAAGUCCUGAGCGACCCCACGAAGCGCAGAGCAUUCCAACAAUUCGCGAACACAGAAGAUAACAGAGAGCCCGCCGUGGAGAAGGUUGAGGAGAGAGGACAGUCAAGACCAGCAUACUGGGCCAAGGAUCCGGUCCACGAAGACUUUAAAGGGACGAGAUGGAGCAGUUUGACAUGGCAACCUAUUGUUGAGGCGAACAAGUUCCAAGAUCUGGACACGGGCUCGUCACAAACCGUCAUACGAGGUGACACUCAACUGGCGAUAUUCAAACUUAAGGGCAAGUACUAUGCGAGUCAGCAAAUGUGCCCUCACCGACGGACAUUUGGGCUUUCCGACGGCCUUGUGGGUGAAGUGACCUCGCCCGACUGCAAGGAGAGCAAAUUCUAUGUCAGUUGUCCGUAUCACAAGAGGAACUUCCAGUUGAAUGGUGGCGUCGAAUUUGACGAGAAGGAUGCCGGUGCUGGCUCUUGCUCGAACGACAAUACCAUGUCGAUUGCCACGUUCCCGGCCGAAGAGCGGGAAGAUGGUUGGGUAUAUCUCAAGCUGCCGCCUGUGCAAGAGAUGGACAAUGUGCUUGGGACUGGAAAGUGGACCGUGAAGAAGGACGAAGCACCAAAUCCGUUCGCAAGUCUUGACAAGAUGCUUGGGUAUGACAAAGGUCUGCGGCCGCAAAAGACUGUGGGCCCGGUGCCUGGAACAGGAAAUGUGAGAGCUGGGAGAGAAAUCGGGGUUGUGGCACAGAAGAGGAUUGACUGGUAG